AUGAAGGACCUGAUAUUACACGCCCAUCUGUGGUUUGCAGCACUCUGUCAGGUAUUGCCACCAAAUUACCAAUUGGGUCUUCGGGAUGGUAAUGAGGUCGUUGGUACACCUGAGGUGCAGUGCACUGAGGAUGCAAUCACCUUCUCUGUACGAACUGCCGCUCCGUUCAGAGGAAACAUCUAUGUAAAAGGACAUUAUGGUGUAGAUGCUUGCCGUCAAGAGUAUUACGGUAAUGACUUUGCCGGUGCUACAUUUGUCACAAGAAUUGGCGAUUGUGGAAUGCGACGCAUUCGACAGCUUCAACCCCAUGGUAUGAACUACGUGUUGACGUUUGUGACAAAUUUCCAUCCACAUUUCAUGACAAAAGUCGAUCGAGCUUACAAUGUGCGUUGUUUCUAUGCUUAUAUCGACAAAGCUGUGAAUACAGAUAUGGAAGUCAGUAACCUUCCAUCCGAGUCACUUGAGCAACAAGCUAUGUUGAUGCCUGAAUGCGAGUAUUCGAUUCGAGAAGCAACACCGGAUGGUCCGAGGAUUCGCACGUCCAUAAUUGGUGCGAGUCUCGUUCACCGAUGGGACUGCCGCACAAACGGACGUUACGGAAUCCUGGUUCGGAACUGUAACGCGAUUGACAAUUCCGGACUGUCGAUCCCGAUCAUAGACGACAGAGGGUGA